AUGGCGUCGCAUGUGAGAUGGGGUCUACAGCGGUUGCUACGGACCAGAAACACGAUUCACUUUAGGUUUCCAGAUAAGACGAGGAGCUCAUACCACACUCAGUGCUCGACCCAGAGUUUCAGGAGAGUUCAGCCUCUGCCCAGCACAGGAACCACACACUUCCCAAUAAGGCACCUCUCCAUCCAGACUCAAGACACUCCAAACCCCAGAAGCUUGAAGUUUCUUCCCGGCAAACCUGUUCUAGGAAGCGGGACACUUGACUUUCCCUCUCCGAGCUCAGCUGAAUGUUCAUCUUUAGCCAGAGACCUGUUUGAAAUUGAGGGAGUAAAAAGUGUGUUCUUUGGCCCUGACUUCAUCACAGUCACUAAAACAGAUGAGGAUGUGGAGUGGACCGAUAUUAAGCGUCAUGCUGUGGGUGCCAUUGCCAAGUUCUUUGAGAGCGGUGACCCCAUAACAAUAGGAGCAGUGCACCAUGAAAGCAGUCUGUCUGAAGAUGAUGAUGAUAUUGUGUCGAUGAUAAAGGAGCUUCUUGACAACAGAAUCAGACCCACAGUGCAGGAGGAUGGAGGUGACGUCAUCUUUAAGGGUUUUGAGGACGGCACGGUUAAGCUGAAGCUGGUUGGCUCCUGCACAGGUUGUCCCAGUUCUACAGUGACCCUGAAGAACGGCAUCCAGAACAUGCUGCAGUUUUAUGUCCCAGAAGUAGACACAGUGGAACAGGUGGAAGAUGAAGUGGAUGAAGUUAAUGCAAAGGUUUUCUCAGAGCUGGAACGCAAAUUGCAAGACUAAAAACUUAAUUGACCAAAACACACAUGAAUUAUGUUUUAAGAAAAAUGUGUUUGACUGUGUAAAAACACAGGCAUGCAUUAAAGUAAUGCACUAUUUACUAUUCUACAAAUAUAAGAAUGAAGACACAAAAUUAUUUCUGCUAUUAUGUGUGCAAACCAUAUAUUGUAAAGAACUCAAGCAGUUAUAGACUUUCUUCACAGCUGACAUGUUGAUAUGUCAAAGCAGGAAAAGUGAAAAUGAAUAACAUUAAUGAUGGCUGAAUCUUUUUCCAAAUUCAUGAGCUUCAUAACGUGCCUGAUCGUUCACUGGAAUGGCGUCCCUGGACACUUGAAUGAAACCGAGCCAUCGUUAAUGUUAUCAGUUCUAUGUGUGCUUUUCCUGCUAUGACAAGUCAAAAGGUCUAUAUGAACUUACUGUGUGCCCCCUGUUACCUAGAGUGAGAGAUAUACUGUCUGACCUAUAUAUAGAAAAUACUGUCACUUCUCUUAACCAGACAAGAUGAUCUGCUGUGAUAGCUGUAAGUGCUUGUUGUAUUUAUUUCUUAUAAAUAUUGUAUAUUUUGAAUGAAUAUUUUGAUAGGCUGGAGAUAUUGUGAAGGUUUUGACAAUGAAUUAUUGUCAUGCAAAAUUAAGACAGAUGUAGUCAAAUCUGAUAUUCUAGUUUUGCUGCCAUAUACUGUAUGAAAUGUAACUGAAGAGUUACUGCUUGUUAAUGCAUCAUCUAUACAUGACUGCUAUCUAUUGAUAAAGUGGAAGUAGGCUUAUACUUGAAACAUCUUAGAUCUGUAUGCUAUAUCUACUGUAUGUGCUAUGUCCUUUGUUAUUCACAUCCACUGCAACACAAAUAAAGUUCAGUUUGAAAGCA